CUUUAUCCAUCAAGGAGGCCUUUUAGCAUGAGAGUUGUGUGGGAUUCAUGACUCAUGACUGCGCUACCCAACUAGGAAAAGCUUCGACCGGCAAAAACAAGAAAAGGGCGACCGUAACUGCAAUUUAUAAGGUGAUAAAUGGAGUUGGAGAAAGGUGUACAGAGAUGGGUUGUUGACAUAGCUGAGUGGGAACCUUCAUCGGAUGAUUUCUCUCAGGCCAUGGCUUUUCUACCCCACCACGAGUACGCCUCCAUCACCAGGUUUGUGAAAUUGGAGGAUCGGAAACGGGCACUUGUAAGCCGGUUGUUGCAGUAUGCAUUGGUGCAUCAAGUGUUAGGAAUCACAUUUGAUGAUAUCGUUAUCAGACGAACUCCUGAGGGAAAACCCUUUCUGGUAGGUGAGAACGUGAAGUUGGGAUUUCCAAAUUUUAACUUUAAUGCAUCCCAUCAUGGUGACUAUGUUGCAAUAGCAUCAGAACCUAUAUGCCUUGUGGGGGUGGAUAUCGUUUCUCAUUCCAUUCCUGUGAAUGAAACAGCUGACAAGUUCAUACAGAGUUUCUCAUCAUACUUCUCUAGUUUAGAAUGGUAUUGCAUCCUCAAUGCUGGCUCUUCUGAUGAGAUGCUGAAAACUUUUUACAGAUAUUGGUCCCUGAAGGAAUCUUUUGUCAAGGCCAUGGGUAGUGGUGUAGGUUACAAGUUGGAUGAAGUGGAAUUUCACCACAAAAGCUGGGAUGAUAUAUUUGUCAAAGUUUCUGGGAGAAAAUUGAAAGAUUGGAAAUUUUGGCUUCUAGAACUGGGACAAAACCAUUCGGUAUCCAUUGCAAGAGGUCACCCGAGGACGGCCAUCACGAGUUACAAGAGAACUCUUAAACAGACCGAGUUUGAUGACAAGGAAUAUGAUCUAGGACUCCAUCUUCCAAAUGCAAGUUUUACAUUUCUGACAGUCAAGGAUCUCAUUCAGUUGUGCUCAUGAUGUAUCAUGAAACCUUCAAAUUUCUGUUGAAGAUGUGUCUGACAAGAUAUCAAUUACUCAGUGAUGCGGAUGAUGAUCAGUUCAGCUGUAACAUUUGUGCUAAACUUGGAGGAAACAACGCCUUUGCAAACUGUCGGCUCA